AUGGCCGUUGUGGGCUCUGGUCCUGCCGGCUUCUACACGGCUCACAGGGUCAUGACAAAACUCCCAAAUGCCUAUGUUGAUAUGUACGAGGCGCUGCCGGUUCCAUUUGGUCUGGUUCGCCACGGUGUUGCUCCUGAUCAUCCUGAGGUAAAAAACUGUCAAGAGAAGUUCGAGAACAUUGCAUCAUCGCCGAGGUUCAGGUUCAUAGGGAAUGUCUCCGUGGGUCUUUCCACUCCCGUCAAGGAGCAAGGAGUAGUCAAACUAAGAUCUUUGAUGCACCACUAUGAUUCCGUGCUAUUGGCGUAUGGAGCAUCUGAAGAUAAAAGGCUCGAGAUUCCAGGAGAGUCAACUUUAAAUGGCAUAUAUUCAGCUCGUCGAUUCGUGGGCUGGUACAAUGGCUUACCUGAAUGUUCGAAUCUCGAUCCAGCACUUGUAAAUGCGCGAGAGGCCGUAAUCAUUGGUCAGGGUAACGUUGCCCUCGACGUGGCUAGGAUUCUUUUGGAAGAUAUAGACGUCCUUAAAAACACGGAUAUCACGGAGCAUGCUCUGGCAAUAUUGUCUCGAAGUAGGGUUAAGAGAGUCCACGUCGUUGGCAGAAGAGGGCCAAUGCAGGCCGCCUUUACAAUCAAAGAAGUUCGUGAGCUUAUGAACUUGCCUAGUGUGGCAUUUCAUCCAGUUGAUCGAUCUUUGAUACCGAUGAAUUUGAAUUUGCUGCCACGAGCAUCUAAGCGUCUGAUGGAGGUCAUCUUAAAAGGAUCAGAAGCUCUCAUGGGGCGUGCACGUAAAUCUUGGUCCCUUGACAACUGCCUGGCUCCCAGUCGUUUUUUGGGAAGCAUUCAAUCUCCAAAUGAUGUGGCAAGCACCGAGUUCAAUGUCAUGAAAUUAACUGACACAUUUAGCCCUUCAUCUAAGACCAUCGCAACCAGUCAAACAUUACAGCUACCGUCUGAGGUUGUGUUUCGGUCAGUGGGGUACAAGUCUGUUGCCCUUCCUGAGUUUACGGCCAUGGGAAUCCAGUUCGACGAGUCCCGAGGGAUAGUCAACAAUGACGGCCUAGGUCGGGCAACACGGGUAUUGCCUACUGACCAGCAGACUUCAACCCAUCGACAGGUCCCCGGAGUUUAUUGUGCGGGGUGGGUUAAAAGAGGUCCGACUGGAGUUAUUGCUUCAACUAUGCAGGAUGCCUUCACUACUGCAGAGGCGAUAAUACAGGAUUGGAUUUCCGGCGCAGAGUUCCUCAAAUCGAAAGAGGGCACAGCUGCGCAGGGUUGGGAAGGUGUGCGGCAAGACGAGGGCUCCCAUACAAAACACUCAGUGUCAUGGGACCAGUGGUUGCAAAUAGACAGAGCCGAAAGACACCGCGGAAUGGAGCUCGGGAAGCAACGGGCAAAAUUUACAAGCGCUCGAGACAUGCUUUCUGUAAUUCGCUAA